AUGAGUCACCAAUCAGACACCCUCCACAAGCCCUGUGGCCAGACAAAGGGCCAGGGCCUCAGAAACCAGAGCCCCCACCCCCAGGUGAUGGAGCUGAUCCUGCGCUUGAGGCAGACCAUAGAGGACUACAUCACACAGCUGGAGACCAGGCACCUGCAGCAGGACCGGGAGCCAGAGAAGCAGGGGCACAGUCAGGCCACCAGGGAGCAGGAAGCCAUCCUUGUCCACUUAAUGUGCCAGGUGGUCAACCUCUUACACUCUAGGGCCACAAGUAGCCUGGAGCUCCAACUGCCUCUCCAUUCCCCGGACAUCCGAGGUGAUGUUGGAGGUGGGCAGCUGGCCCAGUCGCCCAGGGGGCCUGACCAGCUAAGUCACCAACUGAGUGAUUUGGAAACUGCAUUCAUCAGCUAUGACCUCUCCAACCGUGGGAUUGACAUUUCUGCCUUAUACCACUCCACCUUCCAGGACUUCGUGGCCUACCAAAGAGACAAAUACCACGGAGGCAAAAACACCUGGGGCUUCAUUAACCUUGGUAUCAAUGAGAACAAGCUCUGCGUUGAUCUGAUGACUGAAAGGUUGAGUCGAAGUGACAUGAACUACAUUGAUGAUGACCUUCUGCAAUAUUCUGACUGGAAAGGACAUGCAUUCCUGCAGGAAGAAGUGGCCCGGUUCCUGACCAACUACAGCAAGGCACCAGCCCAGCUUGAUCCAGAAAAUGUGGUUGUUCUAAAUAGCUGCCUCUCUGUCUUCUUGGCACUGACCAUGGUUGUGAGUGAUCCAGGUGAGGCCAUUCUGGCCCCCACGCCCUUCUAUCCUGGCUUCACCUUUGCUUCCCGCCUGUAUUCAAAAGUUGAGCUGAUUCACGUCCACCUGGACAGUGAGGUCACUGAGGCAGCCACCUGUCACUUCCAGCUGACUGUGGGCAAGUUGGAGAAAGCUCUGCUUGACGCUAGGCUUAAGGGGAGAAAGGUCAAAGGCCUUGUGCUGAUCAACCCUAAUAAUCCUCUGGGAGACAUCUACUCCCGGGACUCACUGAACGAAUAUCUGGAAUUUGCCAAGAGGUACAACCUCCAUGUGAUUAUUGAUGAGAUUUCCAUGCUGUCUGUGUUCGAUGAACCCUUCCCAUUCCACAGCGUUCUGAGCAUGGAAAGUUUGCCUGACCCCAAAAGGACCCAUGUGAUCUGGGGCUUUGGGAUCUCUGGCUUCCGCUUUGGCGCUCUCUACACCAACAGCAAGGACGUGGCCUCUGCCGUGGGCGCUUUUGGCUUCCUCCAUGGCAUCUCUGGCAUCACCCAGCACAAGAUGUGUCGGCUGCUCCAGGACAGAGAAUGGAUUGACAAUGUGUAUGUGCCCACUAAUCGUUCCCGGCUGCAGGAAGCUCACAGGUUCAUCACUAACCAGUUGAAGGCAUUGGGUAUCCCCUUUCUCAAUCGUGGCUCUGGCCUCUAUGUCUGGAUGAACUUGAAAAAGUACCUGGACCCAUGCACAUUUGAGGAAGAGCUGCUCCUUUAUCGCCGCUUCCUGGACCACAAGCUGCUAUUGUCCCCUGGCAAGGCCUACAUGUGUAAGGAGCCUGGCUGGUUCCGCCUCACCUUUUCAGAUAAACCCCUCCACCUAAAAGUCGCCAUGCACAGGUUCUGCCAGGCAGUAGGCGCCCAGCAGCAGCAUUGGUUGGAGAAGCAAGUGGAGGAUGCACUGAAGGAGGAGGUGCCCUCGCUCUCAUCCGGCCGCUGA